GACCCGCGCCAUCGUGCAGCGCCCUGCAUGGGAAUCACCAGGAAAGGGCAAGAGAACCUCGCCAAUAUUGACAGCGGACUUUUUACCCGCGCCCACGCUGGGUGCGACGGGGUGACCCAAUUCGUGCGGGCGGCCACCCACGGCAUGGCCGUGGAGGAGUGCAGUGCCGCCGCCGCGCUUGCAGCUGUGCCCGCAAGCGCCACACAGCAGGAGAGUUAG